AUGAAAAACGUUUAUAUCAUUGGGGCGCAAUCGACUGGGAAGACAACCUUGGUGAACGCUGUGGAGUGCAAACUAGAAGAGACUGCAAAGAACGACGGCUGGCAGCGUCCGUUCAUCAUCCGCGAAGUCGCUCGCACAGUGCUCAAGGACAAAUACUUCAGCCGGGAGGACAUUUCGGAGUCGCCGAAACGCGCGCUACAACUCCAGGAACACAUCCUCGCUGCCCAGCUACGCGCUGAGACUGCAGCGACUGCUUUGAAUGCGUCAAAUUGGUACAUAUGCGAUCGAUCCGGACUUGAUCCCAUCGUCUACGCGAGGUACUUCGUUGGGGAAGACGCGGCGGCAGCAAUGCUUACAUCCGAAGCAUGGCUAGGGCUCGAGGGUCGGAUGAAGAAAGGAAUCGUGAUCGUAUGCGAAGCAGGCUGCACAUGGCUCAUCGACGAUGGAGUGCGGCUGAUGCCAAAGGACAUGGAAGAGUGGAUGUGUGUCGACACUGCUUUUCGCGACCUCCUCAAAACUAGGGGCAUUCACUUUUCGAUCAUCUCGAAAGAUACUACAGACCUCAAUGAGCGUGUGGAGUACGUAGAAAAGGCUAUUCAAGAUGCGCUUCAGUAG